AUUUAAUAGAGUAUUUGUACUAUUCACACACUGAAAAGUAUGCAUACACCUCUCCUCUCUACUUUCUCUCUCCCUUUUCACUAUUCCAAACCCAAACUCAAGCCUUUCUUGGAGGUUGACCCACUUUUCCUUUUUUUCAUUACAUCUCUCAAAUUUCAUCAUACUUCACAGAUCUCUCAUUUUUAUUCUGAUUCUCCUAUUUCACCUUCAGAUCUUGUAUUAUAGGCAUGUCAUCCUUCUCUAUUCUGAAUUUAGAAAGUUUUUCUCUUGGUUUCUCUGCAGGAGUGCUAGAAUUUGCUUAUUAACAGUUGUGUCCUUUGACAAGUUUGCUUCUGCUAACUGGAAAAAGGGCUUAUAUUUUAAGGAAGUGCAAAGAAAGAAGUACAGAACAGUUUUGCUAUUAGAUGUCGUUCCGCAGUAUAGUUCGGGAUGUAAGAGAUAGUUUUGGCAGUUUAUCCAGGAGAAGCUUUGAUGUAAGGCUCUCUGGUCAUCAAAGGGGUAAAUCACUUGGUUCAUUUCAUGACUUGAGUGACCAGCCUCCUGUCAACCAGAACAGUUGUUGGGCUAAUCUCCCACCUGAACUACUUUUUGAUGUAAUUAGAAGAUUAGAAGAGAGUGAGAACUCAUGGCCUGCCCGUAAGCAUGUCGUAUCAUGUGCUUCAGUUUGCAGGUCAUGGAGGAUUAUGUGUCAGGAAAUUGUUAGAAGUCCUGAAGUUUGUGGAAAGCUUACAUUUCCAGUAUCGUUAAAGCAGCCUGGGCCUCGUGACGGAAUGAUUCAAUGUUUCAUCAAGAGGGAUAAAUCUAAUUUGACUUACCAUCUUUUCUUGUGUCUCAGUCCUGCUUUACUAGUUGAAAAUGGGAAAUUCCUUCUCUCUGCAAAGAGAACAAGGCGGACUACUUGUACGGAGUAUGUUAUCUCAAUGGAUGCAGAAAACAUCUCAAGAUCAAGCAACACUUACAUUGGAAAAUUAAGGUCAAAUUUUCUGGGUACAAAAUUCGUUAUAUAUGACACACAGCCUCCAUACACCUUUGCAAACGUUCCGCCUCCAGGCCGCACAAGCCGCAGAUUCUAUUCCAAGAAAGUCUCUCCGAAAGUUCCAACUGGAAGCUACAGCAUAGCCCAAAUCAAAUACGAGCUAAAUGUUCUUGGAACACGGGGUCCACGGAAAAUGCACUGCGUAAUGCACUCGAUUCCUGCCUCAGCAGUUGAUGUGGGUGGGUCAGUGCCUGGCCAACCGGAACUUCUCCCAAGGUCCCUUGAGGAUUCAUUCCGUAGUAUCUCUUUCUCAAAGUCGUUGGAUCAUUCUGCUGAGUUCAGUAGCUCACGGUUUUCUGAUAUUGUUAGAGCAUCAUCCAGUGCAGAAGAUGAUAGUAAGGUGAAACCCUUGGUUCUAAAGAACAAGUCACCGCGUUGGCAUGAACAAUUGCAGUGUUGGUGCCUGAAUUUUAGAGGACGGGUGACAGUUGCAUCUGUAAAGAAUUUUCAGUUGAUAGCGGCCCACCAACCACCUGCUGGGGGACCGACGACCUCUCGGUCAAGUCAAUCAGAUCAUGACAAAGUCAUCCUGCAAUUUGGCAAGAUAGGGAAAGAUAUGUUUACUAUGGAUUACAGGUAUCCCCUAUCUGCGGUUCAAGCUUUUGCUAUAUGCUUGAGUAGCUUUGACACCAAAUUGGCAUGUGAAUAGAAGAUUAGGAUGGGAUACUAAAACAAAUUAACAACUGCAAUUGACCUUGUUCUGGAUAUAUUAUGCUACUUUUGUUUUCCUUUUCGCACUAGUAGAAUUAGGGAUUGUCCCUAAUCUUUCAUUAUCUUGUAAAAACACCUCAUUAUAAUGGUGGCUUGUUCAUCUUGACAUUUAUUUAAAGCCACUGAACUUUCUA